GCACGUGUACAUCUUGGCUUAUACGUCGUGGCUUUGUGAUGAGCGGGUCGAUCCGAACUUACCGGGUCAGAGUCAUCCGUAAGUGACCAGUAGUCGUUCCGGUCGACUCGAAAGGUACAAGUAGGUAAAGUAGGCCCAAGCACCGGGUCGGAAAUGCUUAUACUUUUACGUACCUACUGAUUACUGCAACCAUGGUUCGGGAUCGAUUCCGUGAGACUCCGGAUCGUAUCGUAAAAUUAAUCGUCAAGUAUAGCUGAACCCACGAGAGCAGUAAAGGAUAGUUAACACUUUUGUUAGAAACCCGGUUAUGAAUGCCCGCCUGGCUGGAGGAAUUCAAGCGAGACCACCAUACAAUGCAUGCAUAAAUUAUAUGAUGACAUAACAUAAACGAUAAAAUUUCGUUAUGAGCGUGAUUAUUACAAUCUAAAUUAAUAAUUUAAUUAAUUAAUUAAUUAAUUAAGCCUGUCUCGUGGUACAGUCGUCAACUCGUACGACUUAACAACAUGCUCGUCAUGGGUUCAAGCCCCAAAUAGACCGUGCCGCCAUACGUAACACUGACUAUCCUGCUAUGGGGGGUUAUCCAAAAGUCACUGAAAGCCAACACGACAAGUGGUACAGCCAGGCCUUGAUCGACACCGGUUGUUGAGUCAAAAGAAAAAAAAAUAGUUCGAUCUGGACCAGUCAUAUGGUUAACUUUUAAUAAAUAAUUUGAAAUUUAACAAACCCUGUUUUCCAUACAAACGCAUGCUUUUAAAUUGAACUGUCAACCAAGUAUCAAGUGUUCAAUUAAAAAGCAUGCCAACGAAUAAGCGUUGAACUACAGUCAGAAUUCAAUAGUUUGUAUCAGAAUACCGGUUUUUUUUUUAAUUUCACAAAAAUCUCAUGGCCUGCCGAGAAAAAUUUCAUUUUUUUGUAUGGAAAAACGUGCCGACUAAAAAGCACAUACUCAAUAGUUGGCAUGGAAUCGAAGUUCAACCAAUGAGUUCAGAUUGUUCUGUUAAUUUGUUCUUUUGAUCAAAUAGCCAUUGCCCAAGAGAAAUGUAAUAAUAAUUUUCUUUACCUGUGUAUCUGCAUAAUGGUGUUGCUAAAAAUCAAAGUAUUACCCUGGUUUAUACAAGGAUUCAAUGGGUAAAUAUCUAAACAUUACACCUGCUAGUGUUUAUCCUGUUACAUAAGUACCUUAAAAUAAAGGUACUAAAUAGUCCGUUACAUAAGAAAAUUGAAAAUCCUACCUCUUUUCUGUCUUAUAAAAACCCGCGCAAUUUAUGUUUGUGUCAAUACGAUUCGGGCAGUCGUUUCACUCGGUGUUGUUAUGCGUGCUCUGUACAGUUAUAAAUUUUGUGCAAUACUGUUAUAAUACAAGUGCAGAAUAAUACAAGUGUAUAUUUUAAAUAUUCAACGUGCCGUGAAUUUCACUCAAUCACGACAAUGUCGGCCAAAGACAAGCGCAAGUCAGGAUCCACGUAUAGAUCCAUAGAAGUCAAUAAUAAAAAGCUUGAUGCUGAAUUGUUUGGAGAGAGUAGUGAAGCUGGGCCAAGUAAUAUUCAGACAGCUACGUCAAAUGUAGAGUUCAGUGAACACCCGCAUUGUGAGAACCAUCCUUGUCCAUUUGAUGAAUACAUCUUGCAAGAAGAAUACGUCAGUGAUUGGGUUACUAUCGAUGCAUUCGACGAUAUGGAAGUAUAUGAAGAGGUCAACGAAGAUUACGAUGAAGCUGAGGAAACUAUACACAGUACACAAGAGUCUCAACACGAGGAGGAACCAUUUGAUGAGCUUAUUCGAAAUUGGGCAUUAAAAACAUACCAAACACAUCAAGCGCUAAAUGGACUAUUAGAAAUUUUACGUAAAAAAACGGACUACCAACUGCCGAAAGAUGCUCGCACGUUGCUUAGGACAAGGCAAUGUGGAAAAGAAACGUACCCUAUAGCAGGGGGAGAAUUUUGGUUCCCUGGGGUACGAUCGGUUCUCAAGGAUCACUUUCGCGAUGUACCACCAAGAGUCAGCAAAUUUUCGUUGAACUUUUCGAUUGAUGGACUUCCACUGCACAAGAGCACUCGAAAACAGUUUUGGCCCAUAUUAAUGAGCAUACAAGAAAUGCCGGAAGUUCCAGUAUUGAUGGUUGGCAACUUUUUUGGUGAAUCGAAACCAAAGAGUGUUGAGGAAUAUCUGCGUCCGCUAGUCGACGAGCUAAAUGGGUUGAUGGAUAAUGGCAUUGUAAUAGCCAAUAAGCCAAUCGAAAUACACGUUAGAGCUUUCAUCGCGGACUCACCAGCACGAGCAUUCAUAAAAGGUAAAUUAUAA